AUGGGUAUCAAGCAUCUCUUCCAGAUCAUCAAGGAGGAAGCUCCCGAUGCGAUCAAGGAGGGAGAGAUCAAGGCGCACUUUGGUCGCAAAGUUGCCAUUCUCGCCCUUGCUAACAGAACCCCCAGGUCCAUGAGCAUUUACUCCUUUCUCAUCGCCGUCCGAUCCGAUGGCCAACAGCUCAUGAACGAGAGCGGAGAGACGACAUCACAUCUUAUGGGUCUGUUCUAUCGUACACUCCGAAUGGUUGACAACGGAAUCAAACCACUAUACGUCUUCGACGGCGCCCCGCCUAAGCUUAAGUCUGGCGAGCUCGCCAAGCGAUUCCAGAGAAAGCAGGAGGCUACCGAGGGUCUUGAGGAGGCCAAGGAGACUGGUACCGCUGAGGAGGUUGAGAAGUUCUCCCGAAGAACAGUGCGGGUGACUCGCGAGCACAAUGAGGACUGCCGAAAGCUUCUGAAGCUUAUGGGUAUCCCCUUCAUCAUCGCUCCCACUGAGGCUGAGGCUCAGUGUGCUGUCCUUGCUCGUGCAGGCAAGGUCUACGCCGCCGCCAGUGAGGAUAUGGACACUCUCACUUUUGAUACUCCUAUAUUGCUCCGUCACUUGACGUUCAGCGAGCAGCGUAAAGAGCCUAUUCAGGAGGUUCACAUUGAGAAGGUGCUGGAAGGUCUUGGCAUGGAGCGGAAGCAGUUUGUCGACCUGUGUAUCCUCCUCGGCUGCGAUUACCUUGACCCCAUCCCGAAGGUCGGUCCUUCGACGGCUCUCAAGCUGAUCCGUGAGCACGGUGACCUGGAGACACUAGUUGAGGCCUUCAAGAAUGACCCGAAGCAAAAGUACGUCAUUCCGGACGACUGGCCGUACCAAGAUGCCCGAGAGCUGUUUCUCAACCCCGACGUGCGAAAGGCGGACGACCCACUUUGCGACUUCAAGUGGGAGAAGCCCGAUAUGGAGGGACUGGUGCAGUAUCUCGUCACGGAAAAGGGCUUCUCUGAGGACCGCGUGCGUUCAGCAGGCGCCCGCUUGGAGAAGAACUUGAAGAGUAACCAGCAAGUCCGUCUCGAUGGUUUUUUCAAGGUGAUUCCCAAGACAGAGGAAGAGAAGGCUGCGCAUAAGCGGAAGCUGGAUGCCAAAAACGAUGAGAAGAAGAAGAAGCAGAAGUUGGAGAAGAAGGAGAAGGCUGCUGCCAAGUCUAAGCCUCGUGGAGCCUAGAUGGACGUAUUGGUCGUCGGUUGGACAGGGGUGGCUGGAUUGCGGCAUGUGGUCUUUCCUUUGAGAAUAUUUAUCCAAGGUAUUAAAGAAAGGGCGGGACGGAAAGGUGCCUUUCAUGGAUUACUCUAGUGUGGGAUUCGGCGUUUGGGGGUCAAAAACGAGACCAUUUGCUCUUGGGAGGCAAUGUGGAUCUAAUAUUUUGGGAGGAUUGCUAUGAGUUGAGGACCAAUCUCCAUAGCGCGUUACCUUUCAAAUACAGAUUAUCUGACAACAACCUGGGAAUUCAUCUACAUGCAAAAAGGCAGUACAUGUACCCGUACAGACAGCCAGCCAGCCAGCCUCCCCCAUGACAUUGGUGGGACUGCGCAGACUAACCCACGUG